AUGUCCUAUUAUCCAGGCCAGGGUGGCUACGGUGCCCAACCGCACCAAGGCGGCGGCUAUGGCGGUUACCCUCCACAGACACACACGCCUCAACCUGGAUAUCCCUCUGGAGGCUACAACCAAGGCGGAUAUCCUCCUCCAUCACAUUCACCCCAACCGCAAUAUGGACACUACGGAGCGCCAGGAGGUUAUGGUCAGCCACCACCACAAGCGGCACCGUAUGGCUAUAACAACCCUCCACCGCCGUCUCAGGGAGGCUAUGGUGGCUACGGCGCUCCAGCUCCGCAACCAAACGGCUAUCCAGGACCUCGACCUGGGAUGCCAUAUAAUAACAACUCGGGAUACCAACAAGGACCACCGCAGCAACAAAGCGGCCGCCCAGGUCCCGCCGCCCCUCCUACCGCCCCUCAGCAGUUUGCCCACGGCGCUCCUUCCAAUUACACCUUCCAAUAUUCGAACUGCACAGGAAAACGCAAAGCCUUGCUGAUUGGCAUCAAUUACUUCGGACAAAGAGGUCAACUGCGAGGUUGUAUCAACGAUGUGAAGAACAUGUCAACCUACCUAAAUCAGAACUUUGGCUAUGCAAGAGAAGACAUGGUCCUGUUGACAGACGACCAACAGAAUCCCAUGUCACAGCCAACCAAGGCAAACAUUCUCCGGGCCAUGCAUUGGCUCGUUAAGGACGCACGACCCAACGAUUCUUUGUUUUUCCAUUACAGUGGCCACGGCGGUCAAACACCUGAUCUAGAUGGCGAUGAGGAGGACGGCCAUGAUGAAGUCAUCUAUCCUGUCGAUUUCCGAACGCAAGGUCACAUCGUGGACGAUGAAAUGCACCGUAUCAUGGUCAAGUCAUUAGCUCCCGGAGUGCGACUGACAGCCAUUUUUGACUCAUGCCACUCUGGUUCCGCACUGGACCUUCCAUAUAUCUACUCGACCGCAGGUGUGCUCAAGGAACCCAACUUGGCAAAGGAAGCAGGUCAAGGGCUACUUUCGAUUGUCUCGUCAUAUGCUAGAGGCGAUAUGGGCGGCAUGGCAUCCACCGCAAUGGGACUGUUCAAAAAGGUCACUUCGGGAAAUUCGACAUACGAGCGCAACAAACAAACCAAGACUUCACCCGCUGAUGUCAUCAUGUGGUCCGGCAGCAAGGACGAGCAGACCAGUCAAGAUGCCACAAUUGGAGGAGAGGCUACAGGUGCCAUGAGCUGGGCGUUCGUAACGUCGUUGAAGAAGAACCCACACCAGAGUUACGUUCAGCUUCUGAACAGUAUUCGAGACGAAUUGGCGACGAAAUACUCGCAAAAACCACAGCUGAGCUGCUCUCACCCACUGAGUACGUGUUUUCCGUCCUUCUGGAAAUGCAACUCGAGGCUAACGUGA